UCUUUAAUUCUUUAUAGCCACACCGGCGAUGAGCCCUCUCCCUUCGAGAAACUUCCCGCGCCUGUCUCCGAAACCCUAACCCUAGCUCCAUCGAAUCCUCUCUCCCUCUCCUCGGCCAUGUCGCACUUCGGGCGAUCUGGGCCGCCGGACAUCAGAGACACCUACUCCCUUCUCGUCCUCAACAUCAGCUUCCGUACCACAGCAGAUGAUCUCUAUCCUCUCUUCGAUCGAUAUGGCAAGGUGGUGGACGUCUUCAUCCCAAGGGACCGUAGGAGCGGAGAUUCGCGGGGAUUUGCGUUCGUGAGGUACAAGUAUGCUGAUGAGGCCCAAAAGGCCGUGGAGAGGCUCGAUGGGCGAAACGUGGAUGGUCGAAACAUUAUGGUUCAAUUUGCAAAAUAUGGGCCGAAUGCUGAACCUAUUCGUAAAGGAAGAAUUGUAGAGGUGCUCCCAAAGACAAGUGGCAGGUCAAGGAGCCGUAGCCCUAGGCCAAGGUACAGAGAUGAUUAUCGGGACAGAGAUUAUAGGAGGCGAAGCCGUAGUCGAAGCAAGGGGCGUUAUGACAGGAACCGUUACAGGGAAAGGGAUUAUCGCCAUAGGAGCAGAAGCCGCAGCCAAAGCCCUGAUUAUUAUAGAGGCCGUGGUAGGAGGUCAGAUGAUUAUCGAAGGAGAAGCAGGAGCCUCUCUUAUGAUAGUGCCUCACCUGAUCGGCGUAGCUAUAGUCCUCGAAGGAGUCCAAUGCCUCGUAGGACCCCACCUUCUUGUGAUGAAAGCCCAGACAAAGGUAGCCAUGGCAAACGUUCGCCACCAUCACGAAGUGUUUCACCCCGUGGCCGACUUGCAGAUUCCCGGAGUCCAUCUCCACGCAGUUCUGACCAGGAUUGAUGGAUCUUUCAGUUUGAUUGGUUAGACAUACCCUUGAGGCUCGGCCAUUGACACAUGCUAUAAACAAGGAUCUUUAUGAAUUUCAAUGAUAGUUUUGGUUAUCCUGGACUCCUUUUUAAGGUUGCAAAUUUGUACUUUGCUGGGUUUAUUGUGGUUUCUAUAAUACGUCCUGCUUGUGGUGCUCAAGUAGUUGGUAUGCUGGUAGCAUUUGUUAGAAGUCUACUUAUGUUCUAUAUGAACUUUUAGUACUUCCUAUGUCUUCGUUAUGUCCUCCUUUCUCCUUAUAAACUUGUUCUAUGAUAAUUUAGUGCAACUUUACUUAUGAUACAACCUGCUGUGCAUUUUUCUAGUUAACUGUUCGUGAAAGGGUUGUUGUCGAUUGCUGGCAAGAUGGUUUCAAAUGCAUAUGUCCUUGCUGAUGAUGUUGUAGCUGAUGUUCUUUGUUCUUCCUUGAUGAUGAUAUUGGUGAUGAUGCUGAUGAUGGUGAUGUUGUUUGUACUUCAUGAUGAUGGUGAUGUUAAUAGUGAUGCUGACAAUGAUUUUUUGCUGACCAACAUUCUAAAAACAAGACCUGCACUGAGGCCAGUUUUCUAAUGUACUUUGAUGGUCUCAUGACUGGAGUAGUGCUAGCUGUGAUGACCAUGUCAGUUGCUGUAGCACCGGCACAUGUUGCUGUUUAUAUCAGUAUUUAAUUUCUCCUGCAUGUGGACUUUGAAAAGGUGAUGUACCAAUGGCCAUAGGGUGCAACUAGCUUUUUACUGUUCUUUCGACAUCCACAUGUUGUGCACAGGCAACAAAUUUUUCCUUAACAAUAGUAUCAGAAUUGAUUCAUGCUUCUUCCAACCAUGCAUAAAGUGUAUUCUCAGAGUUGGUUUUUCAUAUGCUGGAUCUGCUGUUCAAUAUUUUUCAUAUUUGUGACAAAUUGGCCUGAUGCUAGGUUGAAUAAUAAAUCUAAUGUCGACCUUCUAAAUCAAGUUAAUAUUGCAAUGAUAUUUGUUAACAUGAACGGUAGAUUUGGUAUAUUGAUAACCAGCUUUUUGGAUAUACUCAGACAUGGUUGGAAGAAAUGCAAAUCUGUUCCCUAGAGCCAUGUGGCUGGGAAAAGCUAAAUAGAGUUAUUGGUUAGGCAUUUCCUUAUUAUGGUCCCCAUAGUGAUAAAUGGAAUUCUAGGAAUUUAAUUCAAAUUUCACCAUGUUUCCAACAUGUGAUGAUGCGGCCCGUGGCUGUAGCUGUGAACUGAGAGGUUGGAAGGUCUGGUGGAGAUUACAUGUUGAUUGUGUGAGACUGUUGCUGCCCUGGUAGCUGCAGAUGUCAUGUUGACUAGGUCUAGCAGAGAGCUCCUGUUGGUUGUAGACUGUUGCUGGCCCUUGUAGCUGCAGAAGUUGACUAUGAGCUCAUUUUUUUGCUGCUGAUUUUGGUGGAUCGCUAUCAUCUCCAAUGGAUCUUCAUCCAUUGGUAUGGUAAUUUAUUUUUGUGCUUAUUUUGUAGAGUUUAUUUCUAAUCCACCACAUGAUUCUGCAUCAUCGACUGCUGUAGUCUCAGGUUAACUUUGGCUGCUCCAUUAUAUUUGAGCAUACGAAUGAGCACCAAUGGCUGCAAUUUGCUUAGGUUAACUUUCACUGAACUGGUUUUUUUCUAUGCAAGUAAAUUGGCUAAACUUUUUCAAUAUCAAUAGCACCAGUCUAUUCAGUUGGAA